AAUGAAAAUGAAUAGAAAACCUGUUGAAAUCUAAUAGACUGAUUUAGAUUGGAAAUACAUUAAGGGUGGAGGUCCUGGAGGUUAAGCAAUAAAUAAAACUUCAAAUUGUGUUUAAUUGACUCAUAAACCAACUGGAAUAUAAAUUAAAUGUUAAAAAAGUAGAGAUCUUGAAACAAAUAAAAAUUAUGCAAUCAAAGCAUUAAAAGAAAAAUUAGAUGAAUAAAUAAAUGGAACAAAUAGUUUGGUUAAUAUAAAAGCUUAGAAACUUUAGAAACAAAAAUAAAGAAGAUAGAGGAGAAGUAAUGAAAAAUAUGGCCAUAAUAAAUAAGAAGAAGAAGAAGUAAAAUAAGAAAUUUAGAAUGAAUGA